AUGCUGGCGCCGGACGACGCGGAGCUGGAGGAAGAGCUGGCGGCGAAGGCUGUGGUGGAACUUUGCACUCUGGCGCCGCAGCUUGGCGUGCCGCAGAGGGCUGGCGGUAUCAACUUGGCGAAAGCUCAACUGGCUGACUCUGUGCUGCAGAAGCUGACCGAGCAGGAGCCUAUCCCGGAGCCAGCAGCACGGGAGCCAGAGCCGGCUGCCCAGGCGGGCGAUGAUUUGCAAGUGCAAGCGAGCGGACGUGCGAGUGAGCCCGACAGCGCUGCCCGCGUGUUGGCAGCAGCGCGCGUUGCAGACUGGAGCGGCCAAGUGGAGAACGUCUUGAUUGGCGGCGAGCGCUUGGCGGUGCUGGCGAAGGUGGGUGACGAGCAGCAGGUCGCAAAGCUGAUCGAAGAGAAGGGCGCGCAGGCGCUCUGCUUCAAAGGAGAAAAGCACCUCGUCACUUGCCACCAAGAGGUGUUUCCUUAUGCAGCCAUUCAGAAUGCCAAGCCUUUCGCGGUGGAGGCGUUCUGCCACUUCAAGAGCUGCCACCUCUUCAGCAUGUCCGUCCCAGCGCAUGUGACGGCAGACGAUGGCCCUGAAUGCCGGGAGCACGGUCUCGACAUUGACACCGAGUGCAACGCUACCAGCGCUACCAACGCUGCCGCUGACAGCCAUGGGAAUGGAGCAGUUACUGGAGUCAGCAGUCAGCAGCGGAGGACGAGCCACAGCCACAACGGCUGCUCAGCGCAAUCCGGCAAGGUGUUGCCCAAGUACGGCUUUGAGGGGAGCCCCACGGGCGUCUUCGACAUGAUGCAGCAGUUCGAACGUGGCGAGGUGCUGCGCAGUGAGGACUUCCAGCGUCAAGGCUGGCAGCUCAACCAGCUGCUCUUCUCGGAAGCCGAGCCGGAGAAAGGCGGCGUGCAGUCAACACACGCAACACGGGCGCGGUCGGCAGCGCUGCGAGAGGAGGAGGUGGAGGUUACCGUGAAGCUGGCAGUGGGGGAGGAGAGCAAGGUGAAGGUCACGGUGAAGAGUAGCGCGACCAUCCAAGAUGUGCAGGAAGCGUUGGCCGAAAGGUUGGGGCGGCCCGAGAUCCUCAAGUCCUGCCAGCGGAAUUUCUUAGUUCUGGGCGUGGACAACCUGGAGGGCAUUGCUCGCACGUGUCAGUGGCAGAUCAGCAUGCUGCAAAGUGUAUCCAGCUUGCUGCGCGUCGUGUGCUCGUGCGCGGGUGCCUUGCAGUCCUCCAACCUUGAGCACCUCGGGGUUCACCCUUCAAACCGGGACGGGCUCGGAGUCAAUGCCGGGGAUGUGCGAGACUUGCUGGACUCUAUCGCUACCGUGGGCAUUUUGCCGGAGCGAGUCAACCGGGUAGCAGUGGAGAUCAAGGGCGAUCGCGUUCGGCAAUUCAACUCCACGCUGGUGGCCUUCGCCGGCAGCGCCCUCGACCAGUUGGAGCCGGCGUUGCUCAAGGCCGCCGCCCUGCGCGGAGCGCAAACGAAUUUCGUGCUGCGGAACUGCGUUCAUGCGCGACAUCCCUCGAUACGGAAGUUGCUCAAGAAUUUCCUGAAUUCCUUCGCCUGCUUCAGCAGUACGGCAAUACCUCAUUGGAGAGGGGGAAUCCAAGUGCUGUGA